ACCUUACACAGCUGAAGGCUGGUACACCUUAUUAGGAUGGCGUGGGCGGAGGCGUGGUGCACUUUUGGCGACACCACAUUCAUUAAGUUUCCAACCGUGUUCGAUAGUCCAUUUACUCUACCGAGGGCUAACUGCUAUCCAAGAGAUGAGAGCAUCGUCGUAUUUCGUUGUCUGUUGCGUUCUGCUGAACCCCGGGGCUCUCGGCUUUGCCAUAUUGCCCGGGAAUUCCCUGAAUCACCAGGAAAUAACUGAAGAGGCAAUAUUAAGUGCCACGCUUCUGGCUUGCCGCGAUAUUGCACAAUCCGUGGGAACAGUUUUUACCUUUCCUCCAGGGACCCUGACUGCAGGGGCCGUUGCAGUUGCAUGCUCCUCGGCAGAAUCCUCCAAGAGUUUCCGCAGAGCUAUCUUUGGCAUCACGGCUAGGAACGUGCGGGUGGACCUCCGCCACGCCCUCAACGCCAGCUUCCACUUCGACGACGAGAUGUUUCUUGGCGGGAGGAGAAUCAUCGCGACGGGUCUGACGUCCGUCAAGGCCAGCAACAGAGAGGGCAACUUCGAGACAGCCAGAGAGAUCCUGGGAGAGAUUCUACACCCCUUACAGGACUUCUACAGCCACAGCAACUGGGUGGAGCUGGGGAACCGAUCGCCACAUCCCAGCCUGCUCCGCGCCGACGCUGACCUGGGGAGCGUGGCAGCGGAGAGCCGUCCCACCUGCCGGAACUGUGUGGGCGAGGACUGCUCUGACAACAUCCUGGAGGACAUCCUGCGGGAGGGGGUCCUGACCUCGGGGUACUUCGCCAUCGUGCCGUUGGUCUCCACAAAACCACCCGGGAAGUGUAGCCACGGCGGGAGGCCGGACCAGACCAGCACCCUGGAGCCCCGCGGGGGGAUCAACAAGGACACGGCCUCGGCCAGCCACGGGCACCUGCACCGGGCCGCCGCCCGCCUGGCCACCGCUGCCACCGCACAGCUGCUGGCCGACGUGGCGCAGGCGGCCGGGGAAACAGACUUCCUACGGAUGAUGGGCGUGUUCAGCGGCUCCAGCAAGGCGCUGGUCUUCGUGGUCGACACCACGGAGAGCAUGAGCGACGACCUGCCGGCGGUUAAGGCGGCGACGGAGACGCUGGUGACCACUCAAGAGGGAACGCCCGAUGAGCCCUCGGUCUACAUACUUGUUCCCUUCGGGGAUCCGGGCUUUGGGCCGCUGAUGAGAACCACCGACUCCAAGGCCUUCAUGACUCGACUCAACGCACUGACAGCCCGCGGGGGGGGCGACUCCCCUGAGAUGAGCCUUUCUGCUCUCAAGUUGGCCUUGACAGCUGCACCCUCUGAUUCUGAGAUCUUCCUCUUCACGGACGCAUCUGCUAAAGACACAAACCUCAAAGGGCCGGUGAUCGCCCUGCUGGAGCGGACCCAGACUGUGGUGAACUUCAUGCUGACUGGCACCUCUGAGGAGAACAGCAGCCCGCCGAGCCGGGGGUCCUCAGCUGAAGCUCUACUUUACAGGCAGCUAGCUCAGGCUUCAGGAGGUCUGGCUAUUGAAGUGACAAAGAGCGAGCUAACUGAAGCCAUCAGCAUUAUAACGGCGUCCUCUGCUGACUCCCUGGUGACUCUUCUCCAGGCUUCCCGGAGCCCAGGGAGAGAUGAGACCUUCUCGUUCCCCGUGGACGAGUCCGUACGAAGUCUCACUGUUUACAUCACUGGAGGUUCCAUGAGCUUUACCAUCAGCAACCCCUCAGGCGAGUCUCAGAGCAGUACCGUGCAAAACGGACGAUUAGGUGUUUUCCGGUCUGUAGGAAAUUUAAAGGCGUUGAAACUAAAAACCCAAGUGGGAGAGUGGACUGUGGAACUGGUGUCAUCCAACCCUUACACUCUGAAGGUCACAGGCCAGAGCGACGUUGACUUCCUGUUUGACUUUGUGGAGAUGUCCGAAGGCCCUUUCGCUGGCCUCGACGUGUUGGGGUCCCGGCCCAGAGCAGGGGCGAGCGGGACCCUGCUGCUGUCGCUGACCGCCCCCCAGGCCGCCCUCACGGAGGUGUUGCUGGUGGAGCCGCAGGGCGGGGGGGCGGUGAGGGGCCGGCUGGAGCCCCGGGGCGGGGGGGAGGUCCUGGCCCGCUUCAGCGCCGUGCCGGCGGGCGCCUUCGGGGUCCGCGUGAAGGGCCGCGGGGGGGCCCCCGGGGGGACCUUCCAGAGGCAGGCCCCCGGCGUCCUACGGAGCUCCAACAUCACAGUCAGGUCCGAGUCGGAGAACAUCAUAGUUCCAGGAACGCCGUUCCUGGUCCGCUUCACCGUGACGACGGGCGAUGUGGGAGGCAACUUCUCCAUCCAGGUGACGGACGACCGGGGCUUCGUCACCGACUCCCCCGCCCGCCUGGAGCUGGUUGCCGGGGGCGAGGCCAACGGGACGGUGACCCUCUCGGUGCCCCGCAACACCCCGUCAGGAAGUGAUGUCACCCUGACCAUCCAGGCGGAGGCACCGGGAGGAGCCGACGCCAACUACGUGGUGGAGCGCUACUCCGUCGUCAACACGGUAACGCUGCUCCGUCACCACGGUAGCGCUCACCCUCUCCUCCUCCUCCUCCACCCUCUCCUCCUCUCCUCUCCAGUGACAGACUUCCAGCCCCCCUCCUGCACCCUGGUCCUUCGGGAGGGCUCCUGUGAGGGUAACUGCAGCCAGGUGGGGGACUGGGCGGUGGUGGUGGACGUGGCGGACGUGUCGGGGGUGGGCCGGCUGGCCCUGCUGCAGGGCAACGGCACCCUGAGCUCGGCGGUGGUGGGGCUGGGCGCGGGGGGGCAGAACGCCAGCCGGGUGACCUACCGGGCCUCCUGCUGCUCCCCGGAGGCCGAGCUGCUGACCGUGGACGGGGUGGGCAACGUGGGCUCCUGCCCCUACAGCGCCCGGGGCCCUGACCCCGCGGCCCAGUCCCCGGGGGCCGCCCUCACCCCGUCCUGCCUGGGCUCGGGCCUGGCUCUGGUCCUGGCCCUGGCCCUGGUCUGGCCGGCCGGGGUGUGAUCCUGGGUGCGGUGUUGUGUCCAGGCGUUGCCCUGAAUGACUCGCUGGCCAUCAUCUGUUCCAGCGUCUGAAAGGAGGCGGCUCCUCUCUCCACAUAAAGCGGGUUCACGAAGAACCCAGAAAACGUCACCACAGCAGAAUUAAGAGAUUGCAAGUGGUCUCUUUAGAAAAAAAUGAUUGUUUUUAUUGAUGUUACAACUUGUCUCAUGUACAUUUGUUUACGGAUCACACAAAAAUCAUUUAUGUUUUCAAAUUUUGAUUCUACUUCUCCUUUUGCUUUAUCACUAUUUACAUAUUAUCUGAGGUUUGAAAACGUUGUGUUAUUCAGUGGUUAAAUUAUUGUGUGUGUGUGUGUGUGUGUGUGUGUGUGUGUGUGUGUGUGUGUGUGUGUGUGUGUGUGUGUGUGUGUGUGUCAUUAUCCAACCGAUCAAUGUUUAACUAAUCCUAAACAUGUCCUCAAUAUACUCCUCCCAGUCCGCCUGCCACUCAAACAAUGUGAAUAUGGAUCCCUCCGUAGGGCGGGGAGGGGCGAUGCAGAGCCAUUGGUAUUAAUAAAGAUGAGUAACUCAGA